AUGGUAAGCAAUAAUAGUUAUAAUGGUAACAAUACUGGUGGCAAUGGUCCAGAUGUGAACAAUGGUAACUCUGGCCGUCCACAGGCUCCAUUCAUUACUUUGAUCAAAUCAAGAAUAAGACAACCACAGUUCUAUUGGUUUUUAGGUCAUCUGCUAACUUUAUACCAUUUUGUUAGAUUCCAUCUUUCAUUUUUGUCAAUUGAAAACCAAAAUUUCCAUUACUCAAUGGCAUUAUUGUACAUCUCGUUAACUUAUGCGAUUGUACUAUAUCAAUUUUAUAAAAGUGGUCAAUUGAAAUUUAACUAUUUGAUUUUUUUAAAACAAUUGAAGAAAUUAGAUAAUUUACAAUAUUUCCUAAUGUUGUCGAUCCUAUUCGUUUGUUCGAAUUUUGGGUCCAUGGUAAAUGGCUCAUUAUACUCGCCUGUAAUCUUUUCGUUGUUUCAUUGUUUGAACUAUUUCAAAGAGAAUCUAUUACCUUUUCUACCGAUCAAUAAUAUUUUAAAAAAUAUCAUUAACAAUAACAUUACAAAUUUUAUACAAAAUUACAAUGGCUACUUCCUACAAAUGGCACAGUUUUUCGAAAUCAUCUGUGCAUUGCGUUCUGGUUUGAUCUCACUACCUAUAAAGCUAAUCAAAUCUAUUUUAUUAUUCAAUUUUAACUCUAAAAACAUAUCAAGCAUCAUCUCAUUGUGUUGUUAUAUAUGGUUCUUCAAAUUGAGGUUUCAACAAUCACAAUCAAUGAAAAACCUAUUCAACCACAGUUUAUCAAAAGUUGAUUCAAUGAUACCCCCAAAUUUUUUAAUAAAUUGGCAGCAUUACAAGAUUUUAGUGAAAACUACAUUUGAUAGAAUUCCAACUCCUACUUCUGCAUAA